CUCUGCCCGCGUUUGUCUGGACCCGUUGAACCCUCAAUACCCUUCAUCGCUACACCACAGAAAUCUGCCACCAUGACUGAUAAGCCACCAAGCAACAGAGACGUAAUGGACAGGGCCGCAGAGCCCCCAUUGAACAUGACCAAUGACAGGGGCUCGGACGGAGCAGCAAACUCGAAGCCGGACGACGCACCCAAGACUGGCGAAGAAGAACCCAAGACGGGCGACAAGCGCGCGGCGCCCGACGACGCCAAUGACGCGCACAGCGAAUCGGACCACGAAGAAGACACGUCUUACAUCUCGCUGGACGGUGAGAUGAUUGACAAGAACCCGGACCAGGUGCGGCGACAGAUCCACCGCUUCCUCGACAAUGGCGGCAUGAAAGUCGGCGAGUUCCAGAGCGCCAUUGGCGUUUCCAGCAAUGCCUACUCGCGCUUCAUGGGCCAGCAGGGCCCUACCAAGGGCCAAAUGAGCGACGUGUACCAGAACGCGUGGGCCUUCUUCAAGAAGCGCGAGCUCAAGGGCAUUCCGAUGCCUCGCAAGAAGGCCAAGAAGGCGGACGAGAGCGACGAAAAAGACCAACACGUCGGCCGACGUCGACAUCUCAGAUGUGCACCUGCCGGGGGAAGAAGACGACGCGGUCGAGGUGUACGACACGUGCGACGAGAUCCGCAAGAAGAUCAACGCGCACCUGCGCAAGCCCGGCGUGACGCAAGCGCAGUUCUGCCGCGACCUGGUGGCGCAGUACCACGGGCCGAAGAAGCCGUCGCGCAUCCAGUCGUCGCAGCUGGGCGCGUUCCGCGGCAAAAAGGGCCCCGAGGCCGGCAACACUAGCGCCGUCUUCUACGCCGCCUACUGCUUCUUCGAGAAGCAGCGCCUCAAGGAGAAGAAGCCCAAGAGCAAGCAUCGCCAGGACAUGGAGAACAUCUGGGGCAAGCGCGGCGGCUUCGACAUCGAGACCAAUCACAGCAGGGGCAUGUUUGUUAUGGCCAAUGAGGUGCCAGUGAUGGACAAGUAUGGUCAGGUUGACUUCCUCAAAAAAUAAUCGGUGAUUCUUGGCACAAAAGUUGCGGGCUCAGCUGCGUGUCUGGUUGUGGCUCUCUCACUCUCGUUGGAGCAAACGAUUAUGGAUGGGGGUUUGGUGCGGAUUCUUGGCAUGUAGGUAAUAUUUUCUUACGAUUUAAUGG